AUGUAUGAGAAUUUAGCGAGAGGAAAAGAUAUUGGCUCUAAAUCGACUUCGUAUCUUACACUACGUAAAAAUCAUUCAAUACAAUCAAUUGGCAAUGUAAGACGACAUUAUAAAGAAUUUAAACAAGCAUUAAAACUGUUAAAAAUGUCUAUCGAAGAAUUGUGGCGAAUUGAAGGAGAAAACAUUGAAUCACAAAUAUGGCGAGAAGAUGAUAAACAAUUCUUAAGUCAAAAAUUUCAACCAAAAAUAUCAUCAGUUUUCGAUAUUUCAAUGUCAAAAGAAAAACUAAGCAAUGCUAUGUUAAACGAACCAGUUAUGCAACAAUCCCUAGUAAUGCCGGUUAACGGUGAAAAACUUGCACUAAAAAAGCGUGCUAACGUGAAAUUUGCUAAAAACCAAUCAUUAAAGAGAACGUUGAAAAGGAUAGAUGAAUCAAAACUAUCUCACAAUAAACAUUGUGCGUAUAAAAUGAAGAAAGCUUUAUUACAUUUAAAAUUUCGAUGUCCAAAUCAUAAACGAACAUGUUAA